AUGGUCGGUAACGCAAAAUCUACAAUGCUGAAAGCCAGUUUGUCGACGAAGAGGUUGUCGUUGGACGAUUGCAGGAAGCCGUCCAUGAAGAUGAUCAACGCUUUCGGUCUGGACACGUCGCCGCUGUGCGCAGAAACUAGCGCACUGGCCGAACGUGAACUCCGUGAGACCCCGGAACAGGUGCAGAAGUCGUUGGCCGAACUCAGAGAGUUGCUCAAAGAGAAGAAUACGAUGUCGUACAAGGACACGGACGAAUACUUGACAAUAUUCUUGAGACCGACCCAUUACUACGCUCAGAGUGCAUACGAUCUGAUGAAACGUUUGGCCACGUUCAAAGAUAAAAACGAGAAAAUCGUCGGCAACCCUUUGCCUAGAGAAGAGAAGGCAUUAUUCACCGAGAACAGCGUUGUCAAUGUGCUCGUCGACAGAGAUCAAAAGAACAGGAGAGUCUUAAUCCUAAGCAUGGGAUCGGCUUGGGACCCGAAAAACCUUAGCAGCGAACAGUUGUUCAAAGUUCUUUACCUGAUCCAAAUCGCAUCGUUGGUGGAAGAAGAAACUCAAGUUCGUGGCGUGGUCAUCAUCAUCGACUUCCAUGGGCUAUCCACCAAACAGGUCAUGGCCAUGUCACCAUCAUUCGCAAUGACAUUGCUUCUUUACAUCCAAGAAUCCAUGCCACUCCGAAUGAAGGAAGUGCACAUUGUUCGUCAGCCGUUCUUGUUCAACAUGGUGUGGCCGAUGUUCAAACAAUUUGUUGGAGACAAGCUCAAGAAACGCCUGUUUUUCCACGGCAACAAGAUGUCGUCUCUGCACAAGCAUUUGGACUCUAACAUGCUCCCCGAAGACUAUGGUGGCAAGAAACCCAAGUUGAACUACUCGAGCGCCGAUUGGUACCCUGUGAUGCAGGACCUCCAGAGCUACAUCGCAGACUGGAACACCUAUGGAUUGAAAAAGUAA